UGUUUGCGCGCUGCUUCCCGGGCGUUUGUUUGGGGGCGGUUCCUUGAGGAUCCUGGCCGCAGAUAUGGCGGAGCCGAUGGACCUAAGUAAAGACCCCAACGGGCCCACUCAUUCUUCCACUCUGUUCGUGAGGGGCGAUGGCAGCUCCAUGUCGUUCUACGUGCGGCCCAGCCCGGCCAAGCGCCGGCUGUCGACGCUCAUCCUGCAUGGCGGCGGCACAGUGUGCCGGGUGCAGGAGCCCGGAGCCGUGUUGCUGGCUCAGCCCGGGGAGGCGCUGGCCGAGGCCUCGGGCGACUUCGUCUCCACGCAGUAUAUACUGGACUGCGUGGAGCGCAACGAGAGGCUGGAGCUCGAGGCCUACCGGCUGGGUUCGACCUCAGCGGCCGAUCAAACCUCGCCCGAGGGCUCCACGGAGCCCGAGCCGCAGCCCCUCACUGGGCGGAUGGCCUUCACGGCCGCGGACGACGUGGCCAUCCUGACCUACGUGAAGGACAACGCGCGCUCGUCCAACUCCGUGACGGGCAACGCCCUUUGGAAGGCGAUGGAGAAGAGCUCGCUCACGCAGCACUCGUGGCAGGCCCUCAAGGACCGCUACCUCAAGCACUUGCGGGGCCAGGAGCACAAGUACCUGCUGGGGGACGCCCCAGUCAGCCCUUCCUCGCAGAAGCUCAAGAGGAGGGCCGAACAGUACCCGGAGGCCGCGGACAGCGGGGAACCACAGAAUAAGAGAACUCCAGACUUGCCUGAUGAAGAACACGUGAAGGGAGAGAUCAAGGAGAACGGUGAAGCAGUCAAAAAGCUGUUUGAGGAAGCCACUCGGGAGCUUGAGGAAGUUGUGGUGGAUGAGAGCCCUGAUUUUGAAAUACAUAUAACAAUGUGUGAUGAUGAUCCUCCUACACCUGAGGAAGAUUCGGAAGCACAGCCUGAGGAGGAGGAAGAAGAAAAAGUUUCUACACCAGAGGUGGGAACUGCCAUUAAGAUCAUCCGGCAACUAAUGGAAAAGUUUAACUUGGAUCUAUCAACAGUUACACAAGCCUUCCUGAAAAAUAGCGGUGAGCUGGAAGCUACUUCCUCUUUUUUAGAGUCUGGUCAGAGAGCUGAUGGUUAUCCCAUUUGGUCCCGGCAAGACGACUUAGAUUUGCAAAAAGAUGAUGAAGAUACUAGAAAUGCAUUGGUCAAGAAAUUUGGUGCUCAAAAUGUUGCUCGGAGGAUUGAAUUCCGGAAGAAAUAAUGGAGAAGAGAAUAACAAGGGUGGGCAGAUGAGGGUACAGAACAUUGUAACCAUUGAAAUUGACUACUGCUGUUCUGCGAGUCCCAGAGUUUGUAGCCAAGCAGUACCAUGUAGCAGGAAUAGUUAAAAGCUGUAUUAGCGCUGUCCAAGGCAAGAAUCGAUGUGUUUAUGAUAGGAAAAUCUAAACCAGAGAGGUUGGGCUGUACAGUGGUAACUCUUUGUUGGCUGUAGCCCUGCUAUAUUGUGAACAGGAGCCUAGUGACAAAGUCAAAGGAAGGAAAUUAAGAGACAUGGUUCUUCACUCUUCAUGAGUAGCAAACUCCCCGUCCUUUGGCAGAGGUUCCUUUAGAUUGGGUAUAGUAAAUCAGGAAUCUUGAAAUAAAGAAAUUUAAUUACAAAGAUUUUAACAUGGACUGUCCCAGAGCAUUCCAUCCUCAGUGAAUUCUGGUUUCUGUUGCUUUGAAAAAUCCCAUAAUUACGUGUUCGCUUAGUAUUUGAAGGCUCUGCUCCUUUGCUGCUGUUUUCUUAGAGUUCUGAGUCAAGUCUUUAGUAUGUAUUACCUGCAGUUUUACACAAAACUGUAGGCUGGUAGGGAUGUCUAAUCUUUUGACAUUCUGACAUGAUGUCAUCCACAAAGUUCAUACUCAAGAACCAUGCAAUCAAAUUAAAAAGUAAAAGAUUCUGUGUUUUAAGUUUAUAAUUUAUAUUGUGCUUUCAUAGCUAUCCUCAGUCACAUGGGGGCUGCUGAUUGGUUACUGUUAAUUGUGAUGUGUUUUAAAAAAUUUUUAUUGACCAUAGUUUUCUGCUGAAAAUUGUUCUAAACUUAAAAACAAGUGGAUUGGCUCCACUUUGUUGUAUUGCUUUCAUGACUGAAAAUAAAGGUCACCUUGUGUUUGAGUCUUUUCA